GGACGGAAGGACGGGGCUGUUGUCCUGCGCUGCGGGACUCGCCGGUGAAGGGUGACAGCCCGUGUCGCCGCCAUGUCCCGCCGCAGCCAGCGCCUCGUCACCUCCCGCUACUACCCCGGGGACGACGAUGCCACGACCGGCGGCAGCGGCUCCCUGCUGGGCGGGCAGCAGCUCCCCUUCAAGGAGAACACCAGCAGGACGAUCAGGAGGAAAUCGAGCAGCACGAAGCGCCUGUCUCCCGCCCCCAGCACCCAAACCUCCUACUACAGCGAGUCCAUGAUGAGCGAGUCCUACCUGGGGGGCAGCCGGGGCCUCGCCGCCCUGGGCAGCUCCGUACUGGACGAUGCCCUGGACAGCAGCACGUACUGGGGUGGGGAGCUCUCCACCAGGAGGAGAAGAGGCACAGGGGACACCGAGUCCAGUAAGAUCAACGGGCUGCUGGAGAGCAAGACGUACGACACCUACGCCUCGUCGUCUGGGUACUCUUCGGAAGACGACUACGCCGGUCACUUUUAUUCAGGCCAGAGUAGCUCUGGGUCGGGGCUGAGGACCGCAGCCUCCCGGGUGGGCUCCUUCCUCUGGCAGGUGCUCACCUCCCCGGUUUGGUUCGUGGGAUGGCUGUUCUCCGGGCUGGCAGCUGCCUGGCACCGCCUCACCGGCGCGGCUCCCCGCUCGGGCGGCAUCCCCUUCUCCAGGCGCUACCCGUGGCUGAAGAGGUCCCUGCUGCUGCUGCUGCUCCUCCUGCUCCUCGCUGCUGCCGCCUACGGAGCUUGGUACUUCUACCCGUACGGGCUGUCGACGCUCAACCUCCCGCCAUUCCCGUGGUGGGGAGCCGGAAAGCUUUCCUCCUCCUAUGUGCCUGGGGCAGGGGACCUGACCGCGCUGGACCAGGGGCUGCGGGGGGAGCACCGGCUCCUGGCUCGCUUCCAGGCCUUGGAGAAACGCUUCGAGGCGCUGGAGGCCGAGGUGUCGCGGUGGGAGCUGCGGCGAGGGGCGGCAGCGGUGACGGCAGAGGGAGAGCCGCCCCCGGGGGAUGUCCUGGCACUGCUGGAGGGGCUGGUGAGCCGCCGGGACGCGGGGCUGAAGGAGCAUGUCCGCACCGAUGUGACCAGCCAUCUCCAGGGCGAGCUGGAUGCCUUCCGAGCCCAGGUGCAGAAGGAUUUAGAUGGGCGCCUGGGGAAGAUGGCACAAGCCUCUCAGGAGAUGGAGGCACGCUUGCUGGAGCUGAACUCGGAGUGGCAGAGCUCUGUGCAGGACCUGCGAGGCAGCUUCCAGCAAGAGGUGGCCAAGCUGGAGCAGGAGGUGGCAGCGCUGAGGAGGGAGCUGGCGGGUCUCAAGUCAGACCAGGAGGUGAUGGGGAAGCAUGUGGAGGGGAUGCUGGAGCAGCUGAAGGCCGUGCGGGCUGAUGUGGAAGCGCAGUUCCCGGCGUGGGUCAGUCGGUUCCUGUCGCAGUCCCGGCAGGACGGUGCCGCUGGCCUCGUCCUCCAGCGGGAAGAUUUGCAAGCGGAGCUCCAGGCCCUGGAGCACAAGAUCCUGGCCAAAGUCUUGGAGGACCGGAGGCUGUCGGCACGGGAUGCUCAGGCCGGUAUCGGAGUGGCCCUGCGGCAGGGGGGGACCGCAGGGGUGACGGAGGAGCAAGUGCAUCUCAUCGUGGGCCAGGCCCUGAAGCGCUACAGCGAGGACCGCGUGGGGAUGGUUGACUACGCCCUGGAGUCGGCGGGGGCCAGCGUCAUCAACACCCGCUGCUCGGAGACCUACGAGACGCGGACGGCGCUGCUGAGCUUGUUCGGCAUCCCCCUGUGGUACCACUCGCAGUCCCCCCGAGUCAUCCUGCAGCCAGAUGUCAACCCCGGGAACUGCUGGGCGUUUCGUGGGUCCCAGGGCUUUGCCAUCAUCCGCCUCUCCAGCAUUAUCCGCCCCACGGCCGUGACGCUGGAGCACAUCCCAAAAGCCCUCUCGCCCCAGGGGACCAUCCCCAGUGCCCCCAAGGACUUCGCUGUCUAUGGCUUGAAGGAGGAGAGAGAGGAGGAGGGCUUUCUCCUCGGGCAGUUCACCUACAACCACGACAGUGACCCCAUCCAAACAUUUUACUUGGAGGGUGAUGCUGUGGGCACGUACCAGCUGGUGGAGCUCCGGGUGCUGAGCAAUUGGGGCCACCCCGAAUAUACCUGCAUCUACCGCUUCCGCGUGCACGGGGAGCCGGUGCACUGAACCCCGGCUUCCGCGUGGGACGAGGAUGCUGCCGGGCCGACAGCAAGAAGGGAUUCGUCUGGUUCGCUGCUUCAUACGUAGAAAUCCCGGGAUGCGCCAGCAGCUGCCCCAGGGAGCUGCUCCCCUCGGGGGAGGAGAAGAGCUGGUGUUUAAGGGGUGAGGCUUUCACUCUUCCAAGGACCGGGGUGGUGAGGCAAGAGCAUCCCACGUGGGUCCUAGCGCAGCCUGGCUUGUUUUCAGCGCGUAUCGGACAUUUUAACUUUUUAAGCUAAUUUUUUAUCGGGUCUGCGCAGCCCCUCGUCCCUGUUGCCCCGCUUCUUUCUGACGGCGCGCCUAGCGUUGCCGGGGCUUGGGAAAGGGGUGUGUAAUUUUGCGAUGUGCUUCACGCGGGCUUUUGGGCGUGAUACGGCGUAUGGGACCGUGGUGACUGGCUCGGUGCUGCCAGAGUAGGUAGGAGCCACCGGUCACGGCCACCGAGUCUCUCCCCUCUAUGCAGGGUCAUCUCUCCUGCCUUGGCGUUGGUUUAGGUAAAGCUUUCCACACCUCCGAUGCUGGGCCAGCAGAGGGGAAAUAAGACAGUAUUAACGGAGUAUUAACAUAAAACUAACGGUUUGGGGCAGCAGGAGGGGAGAAAUUUGGCACACAUUGGUGGUGGAGCCCGCAUCGGUGCUGCUGUCCGUCUGCUCGAGCCCUCUUGCUGCCGGCGGCUGCGUUGGGUCUUGGCGAUGCCAUCGGCCUCCCCGGCUGGCCGGUUCCCUGGUGUUAAGCUUGACAAUGCUAUUGAAAAUUCCUGUUGCCUGCUUCCCCUUUUGAGUUUGUUCUGGUUUGGUUUUUUUGUUUUUUGGUUUUUUUUUUUUUUUAAGGGUGGUGGGGAGGGGGGGUUAUUUUCCAGUUGGGGUGUUAGGGAUUUUUUUUUUUUUUUGUAGUAACAAAGGAAAAAAGACUUUUUCCAUGUGAUUUCUACUUAACCAGAGGACUUUAUGUGGCAGUGCUUGGGUGAGUGGCUUAGAUGCGGAGAGGGCUAGAGCUUUGUUUAGUAGGAGAGUAGCGCACACAGUAGGAUAAGCUAGAAUAAGAUGAGCAGAGCCAUUUAAAAUACAGGCCUCGAGUUGUCGGUGGCUUGAUAGCUGGACCUGGGAGACAAGGUCCUCCAUGGACUGCUGCUUGGCGGGGUGCCGGAGGCACUCCUGCCCUCCUUGCUCCGGAGAUGUUCUCCAAGACUGCAACGCAUGGCCGGGGAUGCUCACCCGUGGCUGCAUCUGUAUAUAGGCGACUGUUGGCAGCGAGUGGGAGCUGCCACCCUGGUGCUCUGCAAUGAGUUUUUCCCUGCCUCAGUGGUCUGUUGGGUGGGAGACAGGGCGGAGGGGGGAGAUCUCCUUCCCCGGGGCUUGUAGGUGCCAGCAUGCUGCUUCACCUUGGGGGGGGGGGACAACAGGGCCUCCCCCUGCCUGCGGUGCUCAGGGCUGUCUCUGUCACCGCCGGGUCCCCAAUGGCAGAUGGCUGGCGCGGGCUGACCUCCUUUCUCUUGGAAGGAUUCUCUUUCCCUCCUGCCUUUUCCUCGCUGGCAUCGCUCAGCUCCCCCAGCCCUGGCUGCAGAGGACCGUGCUGGAGCAGGAUGGGGAGUCCUGCCUGCAUGGGGCACGUAAAUCCUGCCGGUACCCAUCAUUUGAUGGGGGAAGCCGUGGCAGGGGACCACAGGAAGGAUGUGUGCGGACCUUCCCCAGGCUGAGGAGUGCCAGGGCUGUCUGGCCGCUCCACCUCCUGGCUGCCUGCAGCACGCUUAGUUUGGCUUCUGUGCUUGGAUAGCGUUUACAACCUCUGCGUUCGUCUUGCGUUUUGUUGAAAGAAAAGCUAAAGGGCUCGUGUUUAGCGUUUCAGCCCCGUCCGAUGUUGGCAUCGUCUUCCCCUGGCACCGCGAGCGCGGGGGGAGCACUGUGAGUUGAGUCCUGCUUUGGUCAUCUCUGCUUGAAGCGCUGUAGGGUGAGGGGUGUAGAGGAGGGGAAGGGGCUGAAGAGGUUUCUCCCUCCAGCAUGCCCUGAUGUGUGUCGGGCAGAGGGGCCGAGCCCUGUGUCCCUCUGUGCCAGCCCCAGGGGCUGAGGGCGAUGGGGGCACGUUGUCACAAUCUGAUAAACUGGGAUGGGGUGUCUGUUACGGUUCGGGUGGGAGUGGAGUCUGAUAACUGAGUACUCAAAAUACCAUUCCGAAGCUCCUCCUUAAUUCCGCCAGAUUAUUGCACACUUACCAAUUCUAGGUUGUCAACCUUCAGUUGACUUGAUGGACCCAAAGUGUCGAGCGAUUGACAAUGAGUCAUCAAAGUUGUUUGAGAAAUUAUCAACUUUAAUCGAUGUGCCAGCAAGCAGCCAGAGGCUAUAGCGAUUACAAUGCAAAAGCGUAUCACCAAUACACAAAAUUCUGUAUUCAUUAUCAAAGGAUACGAGUUAGUAAUGCAGGAAAUAAGGUCAAGGGGCCUUGGCUGGGAAGGAUUCACUGUGCUGGUGAGUGACCCUCAGCAAGCAUCAGCAAGUGUGCUGCCUUACAAACAGGAGCAUCACCUAUACGCAACCCAUCAGUGAUUGGCACAGGAUUCCAAAAUCAAUGGCCAAGCAUGCUUUAUUAACAAGCACCUAUAGUGGUUCACAACAACCCGAUGGUUCCUUAGCAAGCGUGCCUGGAUGUGGCACACCACCACAAGUGCUCAUCCGGCUCUUCUUAGUAAACACCUGGAUGUAGUAAAGCAUCCUUUGAUGUUCUGAGUGUUAACCACCAGGACACAGGCUAUAGGUGUGAUGUAGGAUAAUUAUACAAGACACAUCCCUUCUAGAGGGGUCUCCUUGCUCCAAGCAAGGGAGGUGAGCCUGAAGGGGGCAACCCCAUCUCCAACAGGUUAAAAUUACCCCGUGGAGCCUCCUGCAGAGCUGGGAGGCCAGGCUGCCAGGAGAAAGCAGACCUGCGGCCAGAUCCAGUGAUGAUAAAUUCUCUCCUAUAUUGAGCGUAGUCUUAAUUCUUGGCAUCUGCAGCCAAAGUUAUUUUAAACUUGUCUACAGCUGCUGCUUGCCUUGGAGUUGUGUCCAUGAGUGCCCUGCUUGCACGGAUUUGUGCUGUUGUGAAUGCCCAGACCUGUCCCGGGCUCAGCAGAAUGGGUCCUGUAUUUAAUUAUAUGGUAAAGAGAGAGAGCAGAGAUGAAGCUCUCCCCCUUCCCCAGGGCUUCUCUGGCUGCUGGAGCAAAUGCCAUAACCACAAGGCUGGAAAAUCCCCUUUUUUCUUACCUCCCUUCUGGCUCCCUGGCCUCUGGGUUGGGCUAUCGGGGUGGAUGAUCUCUUGGUAAAUGAGGCGUGCUGGUGAGGCGUGGGAAAGGGGGAGCGGGGGUCUCUGCUCCUCCUGGGGGGGGCUGUGGACUACUGGCUGUGGGGCAGGGAGUAUUUUGGCUUUCCAGGGUGAGCAUGCCCUGUCCUUUGGAGACCAAAGUCUCUGCUGUUCUGGGGUUAAAACCCCCCAGAGCCACAAGUGAGAGGUCACCCUGGGGGGGUUUAUGCUCGUCUCUAGAGGACAGUGCUGGUUUUAGAGGCCUCACGAUGCCAACUGCGUGAGGAUCCCCGGGAAGACAUGCUGAGGUUACGUGUGGUUUUUCAGCCCCCAAAUUCUGUAGCAAGUACCCAGGCAGCUGCCUCUUGCCAGUAGCAGCUUGCAGCAUUUCUGUAACGCUUUCCUGAGCUGCAAAGGAAAAGAGGACAUGUAAAACUGCUGCUUCAGCAUGGUGCAUCUCUGUCCAGGGCUAUUUAGGCAGAGGAUGAACCUGGGGAGGCAGGAGAAAUGUGAAACAGCUGUCAGAGCCGCUUUCCCUCAUUUACUCCAUUUCCCUCCUCUAUUCUCCCUCCUCCUUGGUUUGCCCUACACAUGUGUUACGAAUUAGCCCUGCAGAAACAGAUGGUUACAGGCAGGAGACGAGUUUGUAUUUGAUGCUGUAGCCUGUUGCAAAUGCUGCACUGUUUUGUUCAUUUUAUUUUUUAAUCAACAGAUUGUAAUUUAUGCCUAUGCAAGAAAAAAAAAAAGACCAAGACAAAUAAAAUAUCAAAACUG